GAAGCGGGCUGGUGAGGGACAUGGCGGUACCGUGGCGGCUCCGACAUCUAUCGCUGCCGGUCGCUCUGCAGCCUCUGCGCGCGUGCCGGCUCCUGCACGACGCUGCCCCGCUACAGGACGUGCUGCUUUUCGAGCAUGAACGGGGCCGCUUCUUCGCCUUCCUCGGGCUUUUCUGCGCGGGCCAGGGAGUCUUCUGGGCCUCCCUGGCCGUGGCAGCUUUAUCCCGGCCCUCGGUCCCUGUGCAGUAUCAGGACGUGGAGGCCCCAGACCGUGGCCACUUCGACCUGCGCUCCGCGGUCUGGCGCUACGGGCUGGCAGUCGGUUGUGGCACUAUCGGAGCCUUGGUUCUUGGUGCAGGUUUUAUCUUCUCCCUCCGGUCUGUGCGCUCAGUGAUGCUUCGAGCUGGAGGACAGCAAGUGACCCUCACCACUCAUGCCCCCUUUGGCUUGGGGGCCCAUUUCACUGUUCCCUUGAACCAGGUGUCCUGCAUGGCUCACCGUGGUGAAGUGCCUGCCAUGUUGCCUCUGAAGGUGAAAGGGCGGCGCUUCUAUUUUCUCUUGGACAAAUCUGGACACUUCCCCAACACAAAACUUUUUGACAAUACCGUGGGUGCCUACCGCAGCUUGUGAAGAAACCACCUCAGGUCAAUCACCCCAGAGGGGGGCAAAAACCAAACCUUAGAGAUGGAGUGACAGCCAGGCUUGCAAAAGGGGGCCCAAGACUAACAACAAAUAAAAGAGCAGUCAUCCCAAGAGCUGGUGCCUGACAGUGUAUCUAAGA